UUGGGGUGGGCAGGCCCAGCUGGGAGGCGAGCCGGCGGAGAGAGCGGGCGAAGAGAGGCCGAGAUGAGGGAAUGCAUAUCAGUCCAUGUGGGUCAAGCAGGAGUUCAGAUUGGCAAUGCCUGCUGGGAACUCUUCUGCCUGGAACAUGGCAUUCAGGCAGAUGGCACCUUUGGCACCCAAGCCAGCAAGAUCAAUGAUGACGACUCAUUCACCACCUUUUUCAGUGAGACUGGCAAUGGGAAGCAUGUGCCCAGGGCUGUCAUGGUAGACCUGGAGCCUACUGUAGUAGAUGAAGUUCGGGCAGGAACCUACCGCCAGCUCUUCCAUCCAGAGCAGCUGAUCACAGGAAAGGAGGAUGCAGCUAACAACUAUGCCCGGGGCCACUACACAGUGGGCAAGGAGAGCAUUGACCUGGUGCUGGACCGCAUAAGGAAGUUGACAGAUGCCUGCUCUGGCUUGCAGGGUUUCCUGAUCUUCCAUAGUUUUGGUGGGGGCACUGGUUCUGGCUUCACUUCUCUGCUGAUGGAACGCCUCUCUCUGGAUUAUGGCAAGAAGUCCAAGCUAGAGUUUGCUAUCUACCCAGCCCCCCAAGUCUCCACUGCAGUGGUUGAGCCCUACAACUCUAUCCUAACCACCCACACCACCCUGGAACAUUCAGAUUGUGCUUUCAUGGUAGAUAAUGAAGCCAUCUAUGACAUCUGCCGCAGGAACCUAGACAUUGAGCGCCCCACCUAUACCAACCUCAACCGCCUCAUCAGCCAGAUUGUGUCCUCCAUCACUGCCUCUCUCCGCUUUGAUGGGGCCCUUAAUGUAGACCUCACUGAGUUCCAGACCAACCUGGUUCCCUACCCCCGCAUCCACUUCCCACUGGUCACCUAUGCACCCAUCAUUUCUGCUGAGAAAGCCUAUCAUGAACAACUCUCCGUGGCUGAGAUAACCAGCUCCUGCUUUGAGCCCAAUAGUCAGAUGGUGAAGUGUGACCCGAGACAUGGCAAGUACAUGGCCUGCUGCAUGCUCUACCGCGGGGAUGUGGUGCCCAAAGAUGUGAAUGUCGCUAUUGCUGCCAUCAAGACCAAGAGGACCAUACAGUUUGUAGACUGGUGUCCCACAGGCUUCAAGAAGUUCCACCAAGGCUGACUCAUGAGAGCUCUUCCUGGAAGUGAGGUCAUGCAGUGAUGAACAGCAACCAGCCUGGGGAGUGAUCACUAAUGGGCAAAGUGUUUGGGCUCCUGAGGAAAUUUCCCAAUCAGUCCUGGUUGAGUCUCAGCAUUUCUCGGCAGACCCUAUUGAGAAGAAGCAGGAGAACAGCAACAUGAAGAAGAAGAGGGAGCAGCUACUAAAACAGUUUGGUGCCUGGGACUGCCCUCAGGGUCAUUACCUUCCUCCCAUCUUUCUAUUUUUGACUGCAUAGAAAUGUUUUGUUUAUCCACUAUACUCGGAAGCAGUAGAGCUUUAUGGUUAAUGACUCCUGAUUCCUUGUACGUUCAUUUCUGCAUCUUUAACUGGGACUAAUCAUAGUACGGAGUGCAUACAGUUGUUGGGAGGAAUAAAUGAGACAAUCUGUGGAAACUGCUUUAGACCAAUGCUUGGCAUAUAGUAGCAGUUAGUAUUAAUUCCUGUCUUUAUUGUUGUACUUGUAUGCAAGUAUAUCUAGAGACAAGUGCUUCUGCUCAUUCAAUAUAGUACAUUUGUGAUUAUCUGUUACUCCAUAAAAACAAUGGCUUGCUUUUA